UCAAAGGCAGUACUCUGGAGGCAGCGGUACCAUGUGCAUUAGAACUAUAAUAAGCGGUACUUCUCUUUUCAACAAAGAUGACGCAUUUCCCACGGAAUGAGAGAAAAAGCUAGGUAAACAGAGGGGACCAAAAUUGGACAUGUAGGUAAAUAGGUAUACUAUUUGAUUGGGUCCUUGGGAUAUAGCCUUAUUUUUUUCUCUCCUGGAUGGAUCAACCCACUGCCCCCAUUGAUUAAAUUGAUUUCGACUAGACAGCUAAUUAGCUUGCGGGAGAUGAUGGCGUUUUAUUAACUAACCACAGCAAUAUGCAUAUGCUAGAGUAGCCUACAGUGGCAAGUAAGAUAACAGGGGAAAGUUAAGUGACGCUUGGAGUUCCUGGAGGAUCGUUUUCACUGUCGCACCUAUGAUAACGCACCGGUUAGCAAAUCGUUGCAGUGUGUGCAUGUGAGCAGCAACUGGAGGUGAGUGUGUUUUCUGACUAAGAUGGGGCGCCGGGCCGCUAGUCCGCUCUGAGUGGACAAAUACCUUGAGACUAAGGGUAUGCAACACGAAAAACGUUGUUGUCACAACCGAAGAUGAGGGCUCGGCAUUAAAACCUCUCAUCUCCAAAAGGCGCGAAGGAGGUGGCGGCACAAGACGCAAACAUCCGCUUGACAUGAGUAGGAAGUCAGUCAAGCAAACCAGGAGAGAACAAGACACGAUCGAGACUGCCUGCGGUGGCAACUAUAAACGGAGUAUAUCUAUAUCCCUCUGAAGGAGCAUCAGCAAUACCCUUGACUUUCAUUGCUGCGGGUUUUGUAUGGCUUUUCUAACCUGGAUUUUAAAUCAAGAUGAUGGCUCUCUCUACAGACAAAGAGGACAAAAUGCCCAGCUUUUCUACAAUGAAACACGUGUGGAUCUCUGUCUUGCUAGUGUGUAUCACAUGUCACGUGGGUCGUGGCCAGACCACAGCAGAGGCAUUGAAAGAGGCAGAGGCUAAUGACAACAUCACCAUCUUCACGCGCAUACUGGACGGACUGCUGGACGGCUACGACAACAGACUCAGACCAGGACUUGGAGAAAAGGUCACGGAGAUCAAAACCAAUAUAUUUGUCACAAGCUUUGGCCCAGUUUCAGAUACUGAAAUGGAAUACACCAUUGAUGUGUUUUUCCGACAAAGCUGGAAAGACGAGCGUCUGUGUUUCAAAGGACCCAUGGAGAUGCUGCCUCUGAACAACCUCCUGGCCAGUAACAUCUGGACCCCAGACACAUUCUUCCUCAACGGGAAAAAGUCUAUCGCCCACAACAUGACCACGCCCAACAAGCUACUGAGACUGAAGGAUGACGGGACGCUGCUCUACACCAUGAGGUUAACCAUAUCGGCGGAGUGUCCCAUGCAGUUGGAGGACUUCCCAAUGGAUGCUCAUGCUUGCCCUUUGAAGUUUGGAAGCUGCCCCACUGCCCCUCCCCGUCUCCGUCUCAUCGAUGGCCAUCCGGCAUACAUGGUGAGACGCCUGGUGAGUGUUCGACCUCGGGGCAGGAGUUUCCAGUACCUGGUUGACUGGGAGGGUUAUGACCUGGAGGAGAGGUGCUGGGUCCCUACUAAGGACAUCCUGGACCCGGCCCUCAUCGCUGACUUUCACAGCCGGCAUCCCGGUCAACCAGAUGCCUAUCCAGUCUCUGAGGUGGUGUACCUCUGGCAAACCGGUGCUGCCAAGUCUGUAGUGGUGGCAGAAGACGGAUCCCGUCUCAACCAGUACCACCUGAUCGGCCAGACCGCAGGCUCUGAGGACAUCUACACCAGUCGAGGACAGUACACAGUCAUGAUGUGUCACUUCUACCUGAAGAGGAAGAUUGGUUACUUUGUCAUUCAGACCUACAUGCCCUGCUUCAUGACCGUGAUCCUGUCCCAGGUGUCCUUCUGGCUCAACCGUGAAUCUGUACCAGCCAGGACCGUCUUUGGUGUCACUACAGUGCUGACUAUGACUACUCUCAGUAUCAGCGCUCGCAACUCGCUGCCUAAGGUGGCCUACGCCACAGCCAUGGAUUGGUUCAUCGCUGUGUGCUAUGCGUUCGUCUUCUCCGCGCUUAUCGAGUUUGCCACCGUCAACUAUUUCACUAAGAGGAGCUGGGCGUGGGAUGGCAAAAAGGCCAUGGAGGCUCAGCACCCAAAGAAAAGGGACCCUAUGGUGCUUUCUAAGAAGCCCAACAACGUCUGUACAGCAGGAGUGAACUACACCCCCAACAUCACUAAGGAUAUCUCUAUCUCCACCAUCUCCAACAGCACCUCCAUACAACUAAGAUCGUCUGAAACAGAAGUCCUGGACCCCAAGAAAACCUACAACAGCGUGAGCAAAAUCGACAAAAUGUCCCGGAUAGUUUUCCCUGUCCUAUUUGGAACCUUUAACCUAGUGUACUGGGCUACUUACCUCAACAGAGAACCGGUCAUCAAAGGAGUCAAUAUAUUGGCUCCAACAUAGUGUCCUUGUCAAACACACCACCCUACCUUCAACCGUAUUGGCCUACAAGCUGCUGAAGAAAAUGCUACUGUCUCACAAAGGAUGGGAGAUGUCAUGGUUUCUGUCUUUCUCAUUACUGUCAUUUGCAUGAAGCUUUUUGGAGAGAUACUCUGCCCAUGUUUGCCUUGAUAGUCCCUCUUUAUACCUACUGUACAUUGCUUUAAUUCAACAAUGAUAUUUUGAAAGUGAAAAUCAAUGACAUUUUGAAAGUGAAACCCGACAAGGACAUUUUGAAAUGCUGCAGUGUGGACAUUUGCCCUGGCCUCAAAUGAAUUGAAAACUGUCACGGCAUUUAUGUUGUUGUUUAUAACCCGGUCAUCUUGAAGAAUAGGAGACUGAGAAACACAUGCUGUGUUAGUGAUAUGAAGUAAGAUAUUGGAGGCUAGGAUGGUAAGGGGAAGUGGCGAGUAAUUAUUUUCAGUGUCAUUUCCAGUCAAUUUGUAAGGUUUGUAUAAUACUGCGGACAAAUCUCUCUUAUCUCUAUUGGAUACAUAUGUUGUUAUACUUUUGUCAUUUUUGCCCAUCUCACAUGUACUGUUUGUCCAAUUUAAAAUGUUACUAUUUCUUACCUCUA